CGACACAAAUUUAGCAUAAGAGAAUUAAUAGGUAAUCAAGCAAUUGCCUUAAUAGAAGCCCAAGUAGUAUUGUCAAGCAUGCUUAGGGUUUCCUGCAUUAGUUGGGAUUUUAGUUACAGGAAUGGUGAUGAAUUUAUUCAAUUUCUUAUCCUAAUAACUGACUGACUGACUGACUAGCACCUGCUGCCUAAUGAUGCUUUGCUUGUUGCUAAAAUGAUCAAAUUGCAAUACAUCUUUAUCAUCACUGACACUGAUAUAAUGUCAAACUCAACAUAGUUAUUUAUUUGGCAGCAGGCAAGAUGUUCAUUUGCAUUGCAUGUUGUCUAGCGCUUAAAACAUUAGAUCAUAGAUUUGACUCAAUUGAAUUCACAAUCAGAUAUCCAAUUAGCAUGGUUCUUUUUCAGGAUGGAUUUAUGAGAAUUAUUUGUGCUACGGAUUUCCGCCAAUACCAACAUGUUAUUGUACUAAAUUCUAGCUCUCACUACUUUACCUGACCAACUUUUCUACUUAUCAUGCUACAAAAAGAUUCAAGAUUCUUGGUUUGAUGGAAUAUGUAAAAUUUUAUGGAAUCAAAUUCAUCUUAUUAGCAGGUAACAUAUUAUAUAUGUUUAUAUAAUUAGCCUAUAUUCAUCAUUUUCUUACCGAAUCAUAACUCAAAAUCUAGUUUAGCCCACUUUUCUUAUUAAAAAUAAAAUGUUAUAUAUUUAGAAACAAUAGGACUUGCUGAUGUAGAAAAUAAGUAAAAGCUGACUUGUUUGUUUGUGACCUCCUAUAGUAUAUUAUUUGGCAAGUGCGUAGAUGCACUAUGUGCACUCUAAAAUUGGCCAUUGCCCAUUUAAUAGAGAUCUUAAAAGUAUAUUUCAGCUGUAUGCCUUAUGAUUAUCAUCAGGGGUAGACUCACUAGAUACCCCCUAUUUGCAACCUAACAAAACUUUGUGAAAAUAUCUUGAAAUUCCCUCUUUUUUAUCAUCAGAUAUAUUUAAAAUUUACCUGACAAGCAAAGUUCUCCAACUUGUCUAUAUAUACAUAUACUUGCUUGUCAUAAGGGCUUAGAAAAAUCUGCCAAGUCCUAGAUUCCUCCAUUUUUAUUUAUGUUUGGAGGGGCCACAAGCUGAAUUAAACUAAUUAAAUAUCAUGCAAUUUGGAUGCAAAACUACACAGUACGAAUUGCUAAAUUUGCUGUUUUUAUAAAUGAAUUGUCGUGUUUGAAUAUGUAAGAGGCAGUUUCGUAGAGAUAGAUUGUGUUAAAUUCUAGGUAGGGAAGUAUUAACAAAAGUAGUAAGUAUAAAAUAGUGGUAUUAUGGGUCAAUUUGUGGAAUAAUUAAGGCAUGAAUGCAUCCAAGCCGGCUUUAGUUUGUCACUCUUAAUAGGAGUAUAUGGAUUGGAUGCCACUCCUUAAACUUUUUGAGUACACAUUGUUUGCUUUGGUAAAAUACUAGUUUUAUUUAAACCAGCUGCACUAACCAUAAAUUCCACCAAACAAACUCCUAUUGCUCGCUCGAGUUAAACUAGAAAAUCCGGACAUGUUUCCCUUUGCCGUCCUCCUCAUCGCUCUUUCAAUCUCAUACCUCAUCUUCAAACACAAGUCCAACGCCUCCAGCAGGAAGAAUCUCCCACCUGGCAAUACCGGUUGGCCUCUCAUCGGCGAAAGCAUAGAGUUCCUAAGCACCGGGCGAAAGGGUCACCCGGAGAAGUUCAUAUUUGACCGAAUGGAGAAGUUCUCGAGCAAGGUGUUCAAGACCUCAUUGCUUCUGGAGCCGGCAGCAGUGUUUUGUGGGGCAGCAGGGAACAAGUUCUUGUUCUCCAAUGAGAAUAAACUAGUCACUGCAUGGUGGCCUAACUCUGUUAAUAAAAUCUUCCCAUCCUCUCUCCAAACCUCUUCACAGGAGGAAUCCAAGAGAAUGAGAAAGCUUCUUCCUCAAUUUCUGAAGCCAGAAGCUCUUCAAAGAUAUAUAAGUAUCAUGGAUGUUAUUGCACAAAGACAUUUCGCAUUCGGAUGGAACAACAAACAACAAGUGACAGUUUUCCCUCUAGCUAAGAUGUAUACUUUCUGGUUAGCCUGUCGGUUGUUUCUAAGCAUGGAAGACCGGGAAGAAGUCGAAAAGUUUGCAAAGCCAUUCGAUGUAUUGGCAUCAGGUAUUAUAUCGAUACCUAUUGAUUUUCCAGGGACGCCAUUUAACCGAGGGAUCAAAGCAUCAAAUGAGGUAAGAAGGGAGCUGAUAAAGAUGAUCGAACAGAGGAAGAUUGAUCUAGCCGAGAAUAAGGCAUCCCCAACACAGGAUAUAUUGUCUCACAUGCUAACCACAGCAGACGAGUACAUGAAUGAAAUGGAUAUAGCUGAUAAGAUUCUUGGUUUGCUUAUUGGAGGCCACGACACAGCCAGUGCUGCCAUAACGUUUGUUGUCAAGUAUCUUGCGGAGAUGCCUCAAGUCUACAAUAAGGUGUUAGAGGAACAAAUGGAGAUUGCGAAAGCAAAAGCAGCUGGAGAGCUGUUGAACUGGGAAGACAUCCAAAAGAUGAGAUAUUCAUGGAACGUAGCAUGUGAAGUGAUGAGACUUGCUCCUCCGCUACAAGGAGCCUUUAGAGAGGCCAUGACAGACUUCACCUAUGCAGGUUUCACUAUUCCUAAAGGAUGGAAGUUGUACUGGGGUGCUAACUCUACACACAGAAACCCCGAGUGUUUCCCAGAACCAGAAAAGUUCGACCCCUCAAGGUUUGAAGGCAAGGGACCUGCCCCUUACACAUUCGUUCCUUUUGGAGGCGGACCCAGAAUGUGCCCUGGAAAAGAAUAUGCUAGAUUGGAGAUCCUCGUUUUCAUGCACAACAUUGUCAAAAAGUUCAGAUGGGAGAAGCUGCUUCCUGAAGAGAAGAUUAUUGUUGAUCCUCUCCCGAUUCCCGCUAAAGGCCUUCCCCUUCGUCUUCAUCCCCACACCUCCUAGCUCCUAAUUCUAUUUCUUUCUUGCUUUUCCCUGCUAUGCUUUAGUUGCUCUUUUCAAUUAUUAACUGAAAUUGUACCAGUGGCAUUAAAAUGUAAUCUUUCCUUUUUUCCGGACA